AUGAAGUCGCUCUUCAUUAUCUCAGCCGUGGCUGUGGCGCUCUAUGUCGAUGGGGCACUGGCAGCGCCGGCAGCCAACUUUGUCGGCUCCUGCGACGCCAACUCGAUCAGGAUCAGCGACAAGAUCCUGACAGCCAACUGCAGAAACAUCAAAGGGCAGCUUACGUGCUCCAAGCUGGACCUCGGCCGUUGCCUCAAGAACAGCUACGGGUCUCUCCAGGCCGAUCCAACCGGUGCCGGACCACACAUGUCCGACCAGUGCAUCAACUGCAGCAAUAGCAAGCAAUCCGGCGGUCUUGUCAUUGGUGGACCGACUCCGCCAUCCUUGCUUCACUGCCAGUGCAAUCCUGGCACGGGGGCUGCUCAAGUGAACUGGCCGACGGCCAUGUUUGACCUUAACACCAUUGUCGACAAUAACAACGGCGUCCUUGAGUGUUAUCAGACCAAGGGCACUGCAUGCUGA